AUGGAUCCCAACACUCAUACAGUCGAGCUUACCCACUCCGCUUCCACCAGUACAUCCUCUCUCCCAAACAGUCCCGCCGAGACCGUCGUUCACCACUCUCCUGAAAAGUCCACAUCAACCGUCACCGUCCUCGACGCUGAAAAGCAGGUCAAUCCAUGGGAUGGCUACGAGGAGGAUGAAAUGCCCGAAAAGAUCCAGCCGCGCCUGGUGCGCAAUCUACGGCUGCAGGCCUUCUCUAUCUACCGGAGACUAUUCUCGGUCGUGUUCUUAACGAACAUGGGUAUCUUCAUCUCCUACGCAAUUCGUGGACAUCAUUCUCAGAAGAUCGCGCUCGUCGCCGUUGCGAAUAUAUUUAUUGCUAUUCUCAUGCGGCAGGAACACGUUAUAAACGCGCUUUUCGCAGUCGCAUGUUCUGUUCCUCAGUCAUGGCCCUUCUUCAUUCGUAAGACGGCUGCGAGGGUGUAUCACAAUGGAGGCAUCCAUUCUGGUGCUGCUGUUUCGGGUACAAUCUGGCUCGUCCUUUUGGCGGUCCAAGCGACUAGAGAACUCGUUCAAGGCAAAGGGACUUCGGUGGCGACAGUGUCGCUGACGUACAUCGUCCUUGCCUUCUUAGUUGGGAUCGUCGUAUUUGCUUACCCCACCUUCCGGGUCAAACGCCAUGACGCGUUCGAGCGCAUGCAUCGGUUCAUGGGGUGGACUGCAACUGCACUGGUUUGGUCUCAGGUCGUCGUCCUCACCAAUGAUUACAAAGGUGACAAAUCCCUCGGACACGCCUUGGUACACUCUGCUCCGUUCUGGCUCAUGAUGGUGUUAAGCUGGUCCUUGAUUCUUCCAUGGACGAAACUGCAAAAGGUUCCUGUUCGAAGCGUCGUCCUCUCCAACCACGCCGUCCGUCUCUUCGUCGACUAUGGCCAGUCAUUCUUACGCUGUCCACAUCCCGUUCCGGGCUCUUUCCAACGGUUCUCCACGGAUCCGCUCAAUGAAUGGCACAGUUUUGCCACGAUUGCUGCUCCUGAAGUGACCGGUUACUCGAUUAUCAUAUCUCAGGCAGGUGACUGGACGACGGAGAUGAUCACGAACCCACCGAAGGAGAUCUGGGUGAGGGGUAUCCCGACGUGUGGUGCGCUUCGGAUUGUGCCUCUGUUCCGGAGGGUGCUGUUCGUUGCUACCGGUAGCGGUAUCGCACCGUUCACGCCUCACAUACUGAGUGGUAAGAUUGAGCAUAAGCUGUUUUGGAUGGCACCGAAUACGCGUGCAACAUUUGGAGACCCGUUAGUUGAUGAUAUAUUAGCGGCGAGUCCUGGUGCGGUGGUGUACGAUACGCGAAAGCAUGGGAAGCCCGACAUCGUCAAGCUCACGAACCGUCUUGUGGAUGAAUACAAGCCGGAAUGUGUUUGUGUUAUUUCCAACCAGAAGCUGACGGAGAAAGUGAUUUAUGGUCUUCGAAGCAGAGGUAUACUCGCAUUUGGGGCUAUUUUUGAUUCAUAG